ACAAACAGUAAGAACGUGUUUAAAAGUAUAAGUUAUGUUAAUUCUAUAAACCAUAUAUUUUCUGAAGUAAAACAAUGGUCGUAGCACUUGGAAUUGAAGGGAGCGCCAAUAAACUUGGUGUCGGAAUAAUUAGAGAUGGUGAAGUACUAGCUAACUGCCGGAGAACAUACAUCACACCACCGGGUGAAGGAUUCCUACCAAGAGAAACAGCAGAACACCAUCGGCAAAAUAUACAUGAAGUUCUAAAAGAGGCUAUGGAUGAGUCUGGCUUGAAACCUGAAGAUAUUGAUGUAGUCUGUUAUACUAAAGGUCCGGGCAUGGGUGCCCCAUUGAUGGUUGGUGCUGUCGUUGCAAGAACUUUAUCCAAGUUGUGGAACAAACCUUUAUUAGGAGUAAAUCAUUGUAUUGGACAUAUUGAAAUGGGUAGGUUAAUAACUAAAGCAAACAACCCAACAGUAUUAUAUGUGAGUGGUGGAAAUACACAAAUUAUAGCAUACUCCAGACAAAAGUAUAGGAUAUUUGGGGAAACUAUUGACAUAGCUGUUGGUAACUGUCUCGACAGAUUUGCCAGGGUGUUAAAAUUAUCAAAUGCACCCAGUCCAGGCUACAAUAUUGAACAAGCCGCCAAAAAAGGGAAGAAAUAUUUGCAUUUACCAUACUGUGUCAAAGGUAUGGAUGUGAGCUUCUCAGGCAUUCUUUCCUACAUGGAGGACAAAAUAGAUGAGCUUUUAAAAGAGUAUACACCAGACGACUUAUGCUACUCACUACAAGAGACAGUUUUCGCUAUGUUAGUGGAGAUUACAGAAAGGGCUAUGGCUCAUUGUGGAUCCGAUGAAGUAUUAUUAGUGGGUGGUGUCGGCUGCAAUGAGCGAUUACAAGAAAUGAUGGCAGUCAUGUGUGCAGAGCGUGGGUCCAAGAUAUUCGCAACGGACGAACGGUUCUGCAUAGACAACGGUAUCAUGAUUGCUCACGCGGGCGCCGUCGCCUUCGAAUCCGGGGCGAGAAUGGAGUUUAGCGACUCUACCAUCACACAGCGAUAUAGAACUGACGAUGUACUUGUUACUUGGCGAGAUGAUUGAUAAAUGUUUAUUUUUA